GCGGCGGCGGGACGCGCUCACCCCGCACACACACACAAUGCUGCCGCUGCCACCGCGGCACCUACCAGGCGGGCAGCCUCGGCCCAGGGGCAGGAGGGGAACAGGGAAUGGGGCCUAUAGUCAGUUCAGCACAUGCUGUCUCUGCCAGUGCUUCCCUCCUCACACUCUUCCCCUGCUCAAGCAUGGAUCCCUCCCAUGGGGGACAGUCCUUCUCCAGUGUGUGUUCUCCACAGAGGAUCAAGUCCUGCCAGUGAACCUGCUCCAGCAUGGACUUCCCACGGGAUCACAGCCUCCUUUGGUCAUCCAUCUGCUCCAGCACAGGAUCCUUCGUGGGCUGCAGGUGGAUCUCUGCAUUGCUGUGAUCCUCCGUGGGCUGCAAGGACACAGCUGCCUCACCAUGCUCUGCAGGGGAAUCUCAGCUCUGGUACCUGGAACACGUCCUGUCCCUUCUUCUCCACUGACCUUGGUAUCUGCAGAAUUGUUGGUCUCACAUAUUCUCAUCUCAUGUCUCCCUCUGACUGCAAGUGGACGGCUUUUUGCCCCCAUUCUUAACUCUGGUAUCUCUGAGGUGCUGUCACCAUCACUGAUGGAUUUGGCCUUGGCCAGCAGUGGGUCUGUCCUGGUGCUGGGUGGCAUUGGCUUUCUAGGACAUGGGGGAAGCUUUUAGUAGCUCAUAGAAACCAUCCCUGUAGCCCCUUGCUACCAAAAUCUGGCCACACAAACUCAAUACAAUGCUUCCCUUACAUUUUGUUUGGAAACUGAUACUUUGUUCUUCCAAAUAAAUAAUUCAGAAAAUGUACUACAUUUUGUAACUCAGGAAUGAAAGUCAAUACUAUUCAUAGUGCUGUUGACAUGCCUUCUAGUAAUUUAUGGAAUAAUUAUGACCAUAUUUGGGAUAUAUCUGUUCUCUACAUUUUGAUUUGUCCUCCUCCAAUACAUCUUGACAAUGUUGUUGUAAUUCAUGUGUAUUGUACAGACUGAAUAAAGACAGGCAAUUCGUUCCAGACAAAUACAUUAAAAAUGUAAAACAGC